AUGGAGAGCUUCGACGAUGUUACUCCGCCCCUGAAUGUCGUAGCGGAGAUAAGCUCUCUUGCAGAACAAUCAGCUGCCAGUCAGCCACAACCGCACGAGCCUACAGAAAUCAGGCGGACAUCGUCUGACGGCGUCAUUCAACACGCUGAUAGCAGUGGCAUUACUAAUAUUAUAGCAGAUCGCGAUGGCGCCAACCCACCCCUGAUCGAUGCGUCGGCCACGGUCCAACAUCCGUCUGAAUCAGAAAAGAACGUUGUCCACAAUGAAGAGACACAUACACGAAAUACGCAGCAGACAGGCAGUUCUAUAGCACCUCACAACGUAUCUGACGAACGCCGUGAUUCAACUGGCAUGUUGAUAUUUGACGAUGACGGAGAAGGGGGUGAUGAAGAGCCUUACAUUGCCAAAUCGUUCGAGAGAAGUACCUUGCCAACUAGUGCUGGACAGAGAGGUCGAGAUGAUGUUGAUAAUACUAGCGAUGGCGAUGGCGGGAGAGAUGCCGCGAAGGAUGGACAGGUUCCUUUUGCUAAGAUGCAUAAAUUCUCACUAUACGAAACUGCGACAAGAUACUAUCUAGUGGGAAUGGAUCUCCUAGACCGACGGUUCCGAAUGUUAAAGAUCGACCGUACAGCCGGGCCAGAAGAGGACCUUGUCAUUGCUGAAGACGAAAUUAUUUAUUCCAAAAAGGAGAUGAAUCAGCUUCUUGAUGCUGUGGACGAUGGCAAUAAAAGCUCUGGUGGGCUGAAGCUACGAUGCAGCACUUGGGGUCUUAUAGGAUUUAUACGUUUCACGGGUUCCUACUACAUGCUCCUGAUAACCAAACGAAGCCAGGUUGCUAUGCUUGGAGGUCAUUAUAUCUAUCAAAUAGACGGAACAGAACUCGUACCCCUGGAUUCUUUAGCGACAGCCAAACAGAGACCUGAGAAACAUGCCGACGAGGCCAGGUUCGUCGCAGUCAUGAAUAACAUCGAUUUGACACGGUCAUUUUAUUUCAGUUAUUCAUAUAACAUCUCCCGCACGCUACAGCAUAAUAUUGUUUCGGAGCGUCAGGCAAUUAGCAAGGGCCAACGUGGGUAUGGAAAUCAUGACUACAAUUCUAUGUUCGUCUGGAAUCAGUAUUUGCUUAAUCCCGUCACCAAGUCGCUCAAAAACGUGUAUGAUUGGUUUCUACCAAUCACUCAUGGAUACGUUGAUCAGUCAGCUAUAUCGAUUUAUGGGAGACUUGUAUACCUCACCCUCAUUGCUCGCCGAUCCAGAUUCUUUGCUGGUGCACGCUAUCUCAAACGCGGGGUGAACGACCUUGGAUAUGUUGCGAAUGAUGUUGAAACCGAGCAGAUAGUAUCUGACAUGUUGACUACAUCUUUUCAUGCACCGGGGCCGGAACUUUAUGCAAAUCCUCAAUACACCUCCUACGUCCAGCACCGUGGGAGUAUCCCACUAUCCUGGACGCAGGAUAGUACUGGGGUUACUCCUAAGCCAGACAUAUCUCUAAGUCUUGUUGACCCGUUUUAUUCAGCUGCCGCUCUUCAUUUCAACAACCUCUUCGAAAGAUACGGAGCGCCUGUCUAUGUCUUGAAUCUCAUUAAGGGAAGAGAAAAGAUUCCACGUGAGUCUAAGUUGUUGACUGAGUACACCAAUGCGGUAAAUUACCUGAACCAAUUUCUUCCUGAGGAUAAGAAAAUUAUCUACCGUGCUUGGGAUAUGAGCAGGGCAUCGAAGAGCCGGGAUCAAGAUGUCAUCGGGAUACUAGAGUCUAUAGCAGAUGAUAUCAUUCCGAAGACUGGAUUUUUCAGAAACGGUGAAGAUGAGGCAUCUGGCCUGCGCAUGCAAAAUGGAAUUGCCAGGACAAACUGUAUUGAUUGCCUCGACCGGACAAACGCAGCUCAAUUUGUCAUUGCAAAACGUGCUUUAGGAUACCAGCUACGCGCCCUAGGGAUUAUCAACCACACAUACAUAGAGUAUGACACUGACGCUGUCAAUAUGUUUACAAACAUGUGGCAUGGCCAUGGAGAUACAAUCGCCGUUCAAUACGGCGGAUCGCACCUUGUGAAUACAAUGGCUACGUAUCGAAAAUUAAACCAGUGGACAGGCCAUUCGAGGGAUAUGGUGGAGAGCUUUAAGCGAUACUAUAACAACUCUUUUCUUGAUGCUCAGAGACAGGAGGCGUAUAAUUUAUUCCUAGGAAACUAUGUGUUUUCUCAGGGUAUGCCCAUGCUCUGGAACCUUACAACGGACUAUUAUCUGCACCAUUCAGACCCACGAGCUUGGUCCGCGACACACAAGCAAAACUACAUACUUUGGUUUAACAAGGAGUUCUUAAAAAAGCGAGAAAUGCCACCGGCUCCCUCGGCUUCCUCGGCUUUGGCAAGCAAGCGUAUUCGAGACUUUGAUGAUUACUGGCUUGAAUACUACAGACCUCGAGCCAUAUCUUCCUUUUCCAAGAUGUUCUCGUUUAAAAUGAGGUCAAAACUCUCGGAUUACCGACUUCAAUCUAUGCACCCAGGGGAGCAUGAUCUCAGCCCCUUUGUCGUCAGAACAGACCACGAACCAGAUCACCAACGCGAUAGGAAAACUCCACCAAAUAAACGUCUCACAAUUCAAGAGCCAUCAGAUGAGUUAAAGGAUAUCAAGAAUGGGCCGAAUAACGCCUACUCAGGCGCUAUGCCACUACAACAUUGGCUUCAGCCCUCAUCAGGGAGGCUUACUCCCCAAACUGGCAUCCUAAAAGGAACACAAAAGCCACAAACCACAGAUUCCCUCCAACCAAACGGUAUGCCCUCUCUUACGAACACCUAUAACCAACCGCCAUAUAAUGCUACCAAGGCUCAAGUUGCUCAAUGGAGUUUUGGUCAGCUGGUUGCUGACUCCCUCAAUCCGUCCAUCUCUGCCGCUGAAUCGGAAGAAUAUGAGCGUUAUGUCAACCACCCACUUAAGGUGCCAUUGGUUGUGACAUCAGAGGCCUCCCCAACAGCAGCCUCGUUGGCGGAGAGGGGGUCCAAUCUUGACCUUUUUGAGUAUGCCAACAAACACAAUCUUGAAAACACGAGUUUGAACACAAUCGCUGAGAGUAGCCUGGCGGAUUAUACGGACUUUUUAACUGUUGGAGACGAGGGGUUGACAGUUAACGGGGACGAUUACGAUAAGAAGCGAUACAAGCGAUACAGGCAAUGGCUGAGAGGGAAGAGUUUAUUUAAGCAAGGCGUUGAGAAACAGAAGAUUCUUCAGUCUAUUAUCUGCAUCCACGAGAUUUUGGAGUUCGGAAUCAAAAUCAACAACCUCUUCCAUCUCGACAACUUUUAA